UCGGAUUUCCCGGGGCUGGGACGGGGCGGCGGGGCGCGGGGGAGGAAGGUGCCCAGGGCGGGCUGCGCCGGAGCGGCCGCCUCCCCGCCCCCGCCUGCUGGGGCCGCGCCCGGACCCCGCUGUCGUGCCGCGGCCGUGGGCAGUGCCGGCGGCGGGAGGGGGCGCGUCCCUGCGCCACAAGCUGGGGGCCGGGGCCGUGGCUGCCGGCGGCAGAGCGGCGUGGCGGCGGGCAGGUGCGGCGGGCUGGGACCGGGACCGGGACCCGGACUGAUCCGUGCCUCCCCGCGCUGCUCUCCCGCCGUCAGCAUGAAGGUCGAGUUUGCCCCCAUCAACGUCCCCCUAAAGAGGAGAAUCCAGACAGUCGCCGUGUUACAGUGGAUCUUCUCCUUCCUCCUGCUGGCAGAGUUUUGCUGUGGAUUCUUUGUGAUCUUGAUCCUGGGAAACUUCUGGUUCCUCGCUGUUCUGUACCUGCUAUGGCUCUACCUGGACUGGGAAACGCCAUGCACAGGGGGCAGGCGGUCCCAGUGGGUCAGAAGCUGGACUGUUUGGAAGUACUUUAGGGAAUACUUUCCCAUUCAUCUUAUAAAAACUUCAGAUCUGAAUCCAAAUCACAACUACUUACUUGGCUUUCAUCCUCAUGGGGUCCUGGUAGCUGGAGCCUUUGGAAACUUUUGCACCGGUUCAAAUUUCAAAAAUUUAUUUCCUGGGCUUACUCCAUAUCUUCAUAUCAUGCCCAUCUGGUUUGGCUGUCCCUUCUUCAGAGAAUACAUAAUGAGUGCUGGAAUGGUUUCUGCAUCCAAGGAGAGUGUCUCGUAUGUGCUGAAUAAUGAAGGAGGCGGCCACGCAUCCGUCAUUGUGAUUGGAGGAGCGGAGGAAUCUCUGAAUGCACACCCUGGAAGUUUAACUUUGAACAUCCUCAAGAGGAAGGGCUUUAUUAAAAUGGCCUUGAAACAUGGGGCUCAUCUGGUCCCGGUGUUUUCCUUUGGUGAAAAUGAACUAUUCAAGCAAGUUGCAAACCCCAAAGGUUCAUGGCUCAGAAAUGUACAGGAGAAGUUGCAAAAGAUAAUGGGCUUUGCUUUACCGCUGUUUCAUGCUAGAGGAGUAUUUCAGUACAGUUUUGGCUUAAUACCUUACAGGCAACCUAUUCAUACUGUCGUGGGAAGCCCUAUACCUGUAAAACGGAACUUGAACCCCACCACUGAAGAGAUUGAACAGCUCCAUGCAUUGUACCUGCAGAAACUAAGAAAAUUAUUUGAAGAACACAAAAGAAAUUAUGGGAUCCCUGAGCAUAAAUCUCUCAUCUUUGAGUAGCAAAUUACAAUUUGUAAUUCCAAAUCUCAUGGAAAAAAACAGUGUAUGCUGAAAGAUGUCUUUCUUGCAAUCUGUAUUUUGCAAUCUGUAAUUAUCCUUGUGUAAGGAAUAAUUUUGAGAAGGGAUUAUUUGAUGAUUUAUUGAUUUUUAUCUUACUCUUGGAGGGGAAAAAAAAAUCCUUAGGGUGUGAGCCUCGAAGCCAGUGCUGUUUUGAGUUGUCCUUUUAUGUUCAUCUGUACCAGAAAUGCUAGCGAGAGACUCAGCACAGAUGUUCUUACCACCAUGGUACCUAACCAUAGCUUGAACAGAGGAAAUGGCCCCAGCAUGAGAUCACAAGCAGGAAAAGUAAAAACCCGAGAAGUCUGUGAUUAGGAGUUGAGAGACUUACCUGCAUGUAGCAAACAUUUCAUCAGGUUGUUCUCUGAAUGUCAAAAAACCUUGCUGCUCUUCCAUAGAAAUGAAGGUGUGUGUUUUCGGCUGUUAUAAGCCAUUUACAUGUGAAUUCAAGAAUAAAUAGGAGCUUUCUGCCCUGAACAGGAUAUUGGCAAAAGUGGUUUGUCCAAGUUAUGGAGCAGAGCAGACCCUCUGUUUAGAGGAAGAACAGCAUGUUGUGUUUUCUGUGUGCAUGUAUAUGCCGGGUGGUGGGAAGCACUGACGAUGUGACAUUUUUUGGGCAAGCUGUGCUUUGGAUUGUCUGUUUGGAAGAAGAAGCAGCAGCUUUGUUUGGUAGCUCCGGCCUCAGAGGAGAUGGCAGGCACAGGACAGGAGAAGCAUACCGAGGAAGCUAGUGGAAGAAUCGUGUGAACUUUACAUGUUGUGCAAGUUAAAAAUGAUCGUAUGCCAAGCACUUCCACAGGAGGAAGGGGAGCCCAGUUUGUUCAGUCUAGUUCCGAAACUUCACCAAGGAAAGCAUACUUGAUAUAUGCCUUUUUCUUCUCUGCUGGUAGAUGUGGGGAAGCACGUGGAAAGCUGUGCCAGCGUGACACAGCUGCGCUUGCCAAGGCAGUGUCAGCACAGCUCUAGGGUGCAGCAGGUUAAGAGGAUGCUUUGCAUUCAAACCAGGUGCCUAAGCUUGAGAGAACGUGCAUCUUCUUUCUCGGUUAAAAUACCUAGGUCUCUGAGAUGAUGGUGUGUGUGUGAAGAGAAUUAUAGUAUAUUAUUGCAUUUUUAAUGAGAUAAAUUCUUGUAUUUGUAAAUGCUUUGUAUCUGCACCUGGACUUUGCAGAUCUGGUUUUGUUGAAAAGUGUUUGGUUUGCUUUAACCAGUUGUGGUGCCUGAAUUUUACGUCAGUUAGGUGCUCUGACAGGACAUGCACAGGCUUGUUGGGCAGCCUGGGAUAACUGCAGCUGGGUCAGUUCAGCACUGGUGUGCCCCAGGAACAGCGGUGCUGGUUCCACAAAGGCACUGGACGCAUCGUGUACUUGCUGGGCUGCAGGCUCCUCAGAAGAAAUGCAGUUAGGGUUUUGGGAAAGAAAAGAUCUUAGCGAGAUGAUGGUCUUUAAAGAAAAGGGUGGAAAUAUCUUGACUCCUGAGGAAUAGGCUCCUAAUGAACCAAAUCCCAAAGCUGAGUAAAUAUUUGCCAGACAGAGCAGAUGAACAUUUACAUGAUGUGCUCCAAAAACCCUCCAGCAACAGGUUGCUUUCCUUAGGAGGGCUGUUCUUCUAGUGCCUAUCUGUCAGUCAGAGGUGACCAGCGCUGAGCAGUGAAUCCUGCUCUCACUUUCUCUAGGAUGACAGAUGUCUUUCUGGGAGCCAUGGCUGGAAUCUGUGAUGCCUGAAGACCCUCUCCUGCCUGAGAGACUGCUGUCAAUAUGCCCACAAUUCAUGUCUGCUUGAGCUUUCUUGGUGCCACGUGUGCUUGCCUUCCCUUCCCAUGCUUUUGCUGCCUGAUGAUCACUGUGGUGUAGACAUCUUACUUCCUCACUCUGUCCAUCCUCCCCUGGGUUAAGAUCUCUGAAGGACUAUGUAUGCAUGCAAAGUAUUGAGUGGUGGCUUAUUGUUCAGCAGAAAUGGGGUUUAGGCGCAGGGCUUGAGAAGAGGAAGGUCUGUGACUGUGGAUGUUUAACACGAGCUUAAGAUCAGGAUUGUUUCAGCGCUUGGAAGGGCAUGCAUCUGGGGAGGUCAAACACGGCAGGUUUGAUACUGGGGAAGAGGUCUCUAGGGUCCUGAGGACUGUAGUAAGUGAUGAGCCAUGAGCAGUCAUUUUUGCUUAGCCAGCUGUGUGAAAUUCCCUUUGGAUUUGUUAUUUUGCUGCCUGCCCUGGUGAGUAGUGCUGAUCAUUCAUGAAAAAAGAAUUUGGAGCCUCUGUCAGACUCUUCUCUCCUAGAUCAUCUGCUCUAAUGAGAUAGGUCCUCUCAUUCUCAGCCUGCUCUUAACCUAUUACCUUAAUGAUAGAGGAACUCAGGAUGUAAAUUUAAAAGCAUUAGCGUUGGGUUGAGGACGGGAAGUAACAAUGGAUUGUUGUUGAUCAAAUUAGCCCAAACUUCUAGGGAAUAUGCGGAUACUGAUUUGGGGGCAAUAUCUGGCCCAGAGGGUACCCUACAAACAGACUUACCGCUGAAUUCCAUGAGAACAUUGUGAGCUCUGAAUACCAUCCAUAACUGGCACAGGCAGAACAAGCAGGGAUUGUGUUACUCUGACUACUGAAAUUUUCAUGCCUUUGUAACACAGGAAGAUGAAGAAAACAAAAUCUCCAACCUACUUAAAUAUGUACUGUUGCUCAGUAACUCCUGCAUAUUGCUGAUGAUGGUCCUUCCAAACUACCUUUUAUUAACAAAUUGUCUAGUGUAUCUAGGACUAUUUUAAAGUAGAAUAUCAGUCUCUAAACCUGAUAGGCACGGUGUCAUCUAAAAUAUUUACCUCUGUGUCAGCGUGUGGAUUUGUAAAACAGCCCUGCAAUACUGAGCCUAAAGGCCGGAGCCCUGGAAGCUGUAGACUAGUUGUGGCUGGUGCAGGCACCCGUCCUACCAUUGCUGCAGCCAUGAGGAGGCUUCCCAUGUUUGCUUGAGUAAGUAUCAGCGCAGUCUUUGGUUGCAGCUCAUGCCUGACCAAGCAAGAGCAAGCACUAGUAGGAACGGUGACACCCGCUCCCCCAGCUGUGAUUAGAGGAAUCGGGUACUGCUCAGAUUUCUGGUGGGAAGUCCACACUUCGUGGUUUGUUUCUCUUUGUGCCUUUUAGUGAUGGAGGGAAUCCCAGGGAUGCUGGUCAUCUAUCACCAAGAUAGGUGCUCAGCCUCUGUACCAUGCAAACGCUGCCUCUCCAGUGUGCUCCAGCUGACGGCGACUGCCUGUUCCCUCGUGGGUGAACAUCUCUUUGCCAAAGUCUGUUUACAGAAAGUCUUUACACAUCAAUCCUUGAGAAUUUUUACUUUGUGAACUACAAAGCGUGUUUUACACUUUGUAACUUUUUAUGGUACCUGUAAAAUAUGAAUGUCAGUUGUUUCAAUGAUAGCUGUGGCAAGGAGGUGUGAGAUAAUAAAGGUUUGU